GUACGAGAACUUGUCCUGGACAACAGCCGAUCAAAUGAAGGGAAAAUCAAAGGCCUCACAGAAGAAUUUGUCAAUCUGGAAUUCCUCAGUUUGAUAAAUGUUGGCCUAAUCUCAGUCUCCAACCUUCCCAAACUUGAGAAACUCAAAAAGUUGGAACUCAGUGACAACAGAAUCUCUGGUGGCCUUGACGWGCUAGCAGAGAAACUCCCCAACCUCACACAUCUAAAUCUAAGCGGGAACAAACUGAAAGACAUCAGCACGUUGGAACCUUUGAAAAAGCUGGACAGCCUGAAGUCUCUGGACCUGUUCAACUGUGAGGUGACCAACCUGAACGACUACAGGGAGAGUGUGUUCAAGCUGCUCCCUCAGCUUACCUACCUGGACGGGUACGACGCGGAGGACCGGGAGGCGACCGACUCGGACGAGAGUGACGACGAUGACGACGAUGAGGUGGGCAGAGAGGAUGAGGACGUAGAGGAGGAAGACUUUGACGAGGAGGAUGAUGACUAUGAAGAGGAGGGAGUAGUAGUAGGAGAGGAUGAUGAGAUCAGCGGAGUUAAGGAGGAGGAAGUUCUCGGCAUUGAUGGUGAAGUUGACGAAGAUGAAAUCAAGGCUGUCAAAGGAGAGAAGAGAAUGCAAGAGCCUGACAACGAUGAUUAUGAGGAAAAACCGACAGCCUAUCAAGUUACCAACCCCUUCCCUCUCCACCCUGACACCCACCCUGCCUACGCCACGUCUCUCUCCCAGCUUUGAGCCCGURUAGGGCAAGACUGUACCAGAUGGGUGGUUCGAGUGGAGCUGCCUGCUCCCGAUGGAAUCGAGAGACAUUCCCAAGGUUCUCAAGCAGCGCACUACUUCGCAUUCCACAAUUUCACUGUCAACUCCCCCUUUAUGUAUACCUGUGUGAGGACUUCAGGAUUUGUACAUUUUGAGUCUGCGCUUUUAUAUUUUUGUUGGAUGAAUUAUGAAUACAUUGUU